UUUGUGCUGUGUGAUAUGUGAAUGAUUUGUUGUGUGCUGUUAUUGUUUGAAUUUUUUAGCUCUGGAAGUUUUAAACUUCUGAAAAAUGUAAAGAUCAAAGUUCGAAUAGCACAAUUUUUUGUUGAUAUUGUGUGAAUAGCAUCCUGUUUGGCCUUCAGACCUGUUUUUCAGCUGUAAACAAAAGAGAAAAAUAGAAGAUCCAGAAGAAUCUAAUAGUUGUGCAUUUUCAAUGCGCUUUAACUUUGUCAUUCUUUCCUACUCUCAGGUCAUUUCAAAUUCUACAUAUUCCAAUUAUUUGUUCAUUCUCUCGCUGUUUCUGAAGUGCAUGACUCUCAUACAUAGAACUCUCAUAAGCUGAUAAGAAUUAAGAGAGUUAAUCAUAUUAUCUCUAAAAAACUGAUUUGUCACUCAGUAUGAACUCAACUUUCGGCAGCAUAAGUUUAAAAAUUUUGUUCAAGUAAUGGAUAAUUUAGUGAAGGGAUGGUUCAGUGAAAUCACUGAUCUUUGGCCAGGUCAAUGCUUUUCAUUGAAAGUCAAUAAAGUCAUUCAUGAAGAAAAAUCAGAAUUUCAAAGCAUAAAACUCGUUGAGACCGAGACAUACGGUCGAGUUUUAAUUCUUGAUGAUGUUAUUCAAUGUACAGAACGUGAUGAAUUCGGGUAUCAGGAACUAAUUUCCAUGAUUCCAAUAUGUGCUCAUCCAAAUCCAGAAAGAGUUUUGAUUGUAGGCGGGGGAGAUGGGGGAGUAGCAAGAGAAGUUUCAAAACAUCCAGCUGUAAAGGAAGUUUAUCAAGUUGAAAUUGAUGGACGGGUUGUUGAUUUAUCAAAAAAGUAUUUACCAUUCAUGGCAUGUGGAUUUGAAUCUCCGAAAGUGAACUUAACAAUUGGCGAUGGAUUUGAAUUCAUGAAGAAUCAUAAGGAACAAUUUGAUGUUAUUAUUACUGAUUCUAGUGAUCCAGUUGGACCAGCUGUUUCACUUUUCCAAGAACCUUACUUCCAACUGAUGAAGAAUGCAUUACGUCCAGGAGGAAUUGUUUGUUCACAAGGCAGUAGUUUUUGGAUUGAUGUUAAACACGUUAAAGAAACAAUCGAUGCAUGUGGUCUACACUUUAAAAAUGUGUCAUAUGCUUGUGCUGUCGUUCCAUCAUAUCCGUGUGGAAAUAUCGGAUUCGUCAUUGGAUGUUUAGAUGAAAAUAUUGACUUGAGUGAUCCAGUCCAAAAGUUCACUAAUGAAGAACUUGAUAAAUUGAACUUCCGUUACUACACAACAAAGGUUCAUAAGGCAGCAUUUGUAUUGCCACGUUUUGCUGAGAAAGCAUUAGAAAAUUUAAGCACAAAAAUGUCUGAAUCAAAUCAAAUUAAUAAUUCUGGUGAUAAAGUGGCUAGUCUAAUGAAAGAGGCUGAAAAUUUAAAGCAAAAGCUGGAAGAAGAACGUCAAAAGCUUAAUGAUGUCACACUAUCAUCAAUUGCUGACCGAUUGGAAAUGAUAAGUUAUCUUAAUAUUAAGCCUCGUCGCAUAUUAAAGGGACAUCAGGCUAAAGUUUUAUGCAGUGAUUGGUCUCCUGAUAAAAGACACAUCGUAAGUAGCUCCCAGGAUGGGAAGUUAAUUAUUUGGGAUGCUUUUUCUACGAAUAAGGAACACGCACUUACAAUGCCAGCAACUUGGGUCAUGAGUUGCUCAUACUCAACCUCCGGAAAUGCUGUUGCAUGUGGAGGACUUGAUAAUAAAGUCACUGUAUAUCCAAUUACGACUGAAGAGGAUAUCUCCUCUCGCAAGAAGACCGUCGGUACUCAUACAAGCUACAUGAGUUGUUGCCUAUUCCCAAAUUCAGAUCAGCAAAUUUUAACUGGCAGUGGCGAUUCCACUUGUGCUUUGUGGGAUGUUGAGUCAGGUCAGUUAUUACAAAGCUUUCACGGUCAUUCUGGUGAUGUCAUGGCCAUUGAUCAAGCACCAAAUGAAACUGGAAAUACAUUCGUGUCUGGCAGCUGUGAUAAAAUGGCAUUUAUUUGGGACAUGAGAACAAGUCAUGUCGUACAAUCAUUCGAAGGACAUCAGUCUGAUAUUAAUAGCGUUAAAUUUCAUCCAAGCGGUGAUGCCAUUUCUACAGGUAGCGAUGAUUCAACAUGUCGCUUAUUUGACUUGAGGGCCGAUAAGGAAGUCGCUGUUUAUAGUAAGGAAAGCAUCAUUUUUGGAGUAAACUCAGUCGACUUUUCAGUAAGUGGACGACUUUUAUUUGCCGGCUAUAAUGACUAUACAGUUAAUGUUUGGGACACUUUAAAAAGUCAACGAGUAUGUCUAUUAUAUGGCCAUGAGAAUAAGGUUUCAUGUUUACAAGUUUCUCCAGAUGGAACUGCUCUUUCAACUGGCAGUUGGGAUUUUACAUUGAGAAUUUGGGCUUAA